UAAAAUGAAUUUUGCUUCCGUCACGUGAUUUUAUAAAAUGGCGGCCUCUACAAGGGAGAACCAAAUAACUCCGCAUGAUAAGGAAAUUUUAAAACAAAUUUUUAAUCCUGGAUUACCAUACGGUGAUGAUGUUGACGAAGAACAGCCAACAGGUUUUUAAAUAGAUUUUUGGAAUUAACUUUGGUAUAAUAACCCCUAGGCCUAUGAUACCUGUACAUAUAUAAAUAUGUAAAUGUAAAGACUGAUGAAGCAAUCAUUUUUUUGCCGAAACGUGACGUUAACUCAUUUGACUCAUUUGUAUUUUGUGAAAGUAAAAUCAUCAUUAAAAAUGAACAUUUAUUGUUUUCUUUACACAAAUUGUGUCUAAUUUAUUUAGAAAAAGUAAAAGUCAAAUACCUCUUGAUCAUCAUCCUAUUUGGUAACGACAUUAUUGAUUAAUUACGCCUAAGGGCCAUCCAUAAAUGAUGUCGUCACUGUCAUUAGUUAGUGUCAUGAUACCCGGUACUCAUUGUUGCGGGGGGGGGGGGGAAAAAAAAAUUAGAGUAUUUGACGGAGGUGUGGGGGGGGGGCUUAAGCAAUGUGAAAAGUGGAAUAUAUAUAUAAUAUAGUAAAGAAUUGUAAUUAAAAGCCCUAAAUUGCAGACAUUUUAAACAUUCUAAUUCUAUACAAUAAUUAAAAUUAUUGGUAAAUUAUUAGAGAUCGUCCCGCGUUGGCUGCCAUCUGCUUGACACAACCAGUUAAUUCUGUCACUAAUGUAUCUCUAAAUCGAUCCCUAUGCUUAACCUGAACCCCUAAAUUGAUCCCUAUGCCUAACCUGAACCCCUAAAUUGAUCCCUAUGCCUAACCUGAACCCUAAAUCAAUCCCUCAACCUAACCUAAACCCUAAUUCACUGCAACUAUAAUAAACACGCAAAUGAUGUCACAGGAUGAUCUCUAAGAAUUAGCCAAAUUAUUUUAUUUUUAAACUACCAUCCCUGAGGGAAUCAGUACAGGUAUGGGUGGUCCAUAAGGUAUUCUAAUCAAGUUACAGGCCGCCACAGAGGAGAAAAUAGGUGUAGUGAUAUUGGUAGUCUAGAGAAUUUAUGUCAAAUUGUGGAGAUGGGAGUCAUAGAAUUACGACUACCACAUUAAAUGGGAUGGAAUGGGGAAAAAAGGGUUGACAGGGGUGGUGGUGUGAUCGUAGUAAAUUCUCUAGGGCAGGGAUUCUUAACCUUUUGGCAUCACUGCAGGCCCACUCCAUUUUAAACAUCCCCCUCCCCCCCAUACACAAAAAAAUUAUUUUGUAAAAAAUAUGAAAAUAAUUUAGUUUUAUCAUUGUUGUAUUUCUUUUUAUAAGCAAGUAAAAAAUUACCAAUACAAGUACCGUAAUGUGUAAACAAAAUUCACCAUAAUAACAUUUACUGCUGCUCAGUGCUAAUCAAAUGCAUAAAAACUGAUUUUUUGGGGAUAAAAAUUAGAAACAACUAGCAAUGGCAGCAAAUACAAGAUUCUGGUCUUCCGCAGCUCAGGGUUGGAGGGGUACUUUUACCCCUUGUUAAGAACCACAGUUCUAGUGAAAUGUUUCUGACACAGGUGCAGUAAUUUGAUAUCCAUGGGAGGCGAAUUUCUUAAGGGUUUGUAAAGGACAGUAAUGCACGCAGGUAAUUUUUAUGGGGGCGGGGGGAAAGGGGGUUUGCAGAGAUUUGUGAUUUUAUAUUUGAGGGGUGGUCUAACUUUUUGUGACAGGGGGAGGGGAGGGGCAAAUUCAGCUAAAUACGUCACUUAUGGAUGGUCACUUAUUCUUAGCUAUCAUCAAUUCAUUGUAAUGUCACGAGUAUGACUUAGUUAUUAUAGUUAUCAUCAAUUGCAAUGAGUAUGACAACCUUUAACUGUUCGAUUUUUUAUUAUUUUUUUUCACUCUGAGCUUAUUUUGAGAUUCUGUCAGUAAUUCAGUAAAUAUGAUAUAUUCUGUUGAUGCUGUCAAUUACAGUUUUUUUACUGAUAGCUGAUAUUGUGAUACGAUACUUAUAGUGUUACGGAAAUGUUUUUAAAAAUAUUUCAUUUGUUUAUAAUAGUACCAUAUAGCUUUUUUUUUCAAUAUUUGUCAUAAUUGUACAGAGACUAAUGCAGACACACAUGAAGUGUGUCAAGCCAAGGAGCUUGAAAUUAGAGGCGUGAGAGCAGCAGAAGCUGGAAAUAUAGAUGUUGCUGUAAGUAUUUUUACCGAAGCAGUGUCCACUGCGCCAAACUGGCCAUCAUCCUACAACAACAGGGCUCAAGCUUUGCGAAUGAAAGGGGAUAUUGAAGGUAUGCAUUAACCCCUUUAAUCAGAAUCGGGCUCUUAUUUUACCCUUCAUCUACUAACAUGGUAUAAACAGAUUUGAAAAAAAAAUGUAUAUUUUGCAAAAUCAAAUUCUGUUUUUGUUCACUUUGGACUUGGUUUUGUGGUCUAUGAAACAAAGAAAAAUAACUCCACCAACCUGUAUUUAAAAGGUGUUUUCAAUUUCAAAUAUCCCUUGAGAUCAAACAAAUUUAUUUAUUUUUUUUUUUUUUUAUACCGGUACCCUACAAAUAUUAACCUUGUAGCAGUCACACAGAUAAACGCUAAUUUUUUGUUUCUCUUACAAGUUAUUUUUUGUUACUUUGGACUUUGUUUUGUAGUUUAUGAAACAAAAAAAAAUAAAUCCACCAAAUUUUAUUUAAAAGGUUUUUUUAAUUUUAAAUAUCCCUUGAGAUCAAACAAAUUUAUUUAUUUUUUUUUUUUUUUAUACCGGUACCCUACAAAUAUUAACCUUGUAGCAGUCACACAGAUAAAAGCUAAUUAUUUGUUUCUCUUACAAGUUAACUCACCGAUUUCAGUCUCAUGGGUUAUGUAUCAAACACAGGUGCAAAAUCAGACUUAAAUAAAGCUCUGGAACUUAGCCAAGGAAAGGGGCCAGCAGCAUGCCAGGCGUUUACACAGAGAGGUCUCAUUAGAAAAAGGGAAGGUAAUGUCAGCUAUUUUACUCUUUUGUUGGGGAUGGGGGGUUGUGGUAUUUGACACGCAGCUAAUGCAUUUGUAAAUCAUACUAAAUUAUAAACAAAAAUUAUUGCAAGUGUGCAUAUUAUGAUGAUUUUUAUUAUAUAUCAAUAAUUUGUUUUUAUUUGAAUUGCUCACAGAAGAUGAUCUUCUGUGAGCCCCUAAAUAAAGAGGAGCUUCUGUUAACAAUGCUGUCAGUUUCAAUAAAUUAGACCUUGAAAAAAUAACAAUGUCAGCAUUGUUGAAGGUCACGUUAAUAUAAAUUAUCUUCAUAAGUGAUAAACACAUAUAAAAAAUGCUGAGUGCCAUCCUCUAUUAUUGCUGAAAAAUAUCUUCAGCAGUUCUAAUAAUUAAGAAAUGAUGAAGUUGGUUUGUUUAAAAAAUGUAAUUCAUGUUGUAUUUAUUCAUAUACGUUAGGAAAUUAAAUGUGAGUUUUGAUGAAGAAAACCAACAUUUUAUCAACCAUUUAAUACUGAGGAAAAAAUCCACAGCUUUACAUAAAAUCAUCUGUGCCGUCUGACUGGUUUUUGUUGUUUUUUUUCCCCCCACAGGAGAUGAGGAAGGGGCCAGAAAAGAUUUCCAGAGGGCAUCAGAAUUAGGCAAUGGGUUUGCCAAACAGAUUUUAGCAAGUAUGAACCCUUAUGCUGCAUUGUGCAAUCAGAUGCUGGGAGAAGUCAUGACCAAGCUGAGAACUUGUCAGGAAGAAAUGUGAUCCAGAAAUGUGAUCUUAUUGUUGAUGUAACCAAAGCUAUAAACACAUUCCAAGGUGUCUGCAUUAUCAUUGGGUAUUUCUUUGUGCUUCUUUUUUAAAUUUUUUUUAGCCAGUAGUCAUUUUACUUGCAUAAAAAAUAAAAGUGCAUUUUAAGUUUUGCAUUUUAAGUAAAUUUUGUUGUUGAUAAACCUCAUUUACAAGAUCUUGAGGUAAAAACAAAGCUUAGAUUUCACAACAGUGUCAAAAUGAAAACAGGUUUUAAAUUUACCGGUACAGUACAUAAAAGUUGCAUUUUUAUUUUUAAUAGUGUUGUGACAUUUGUUUAUGUUAAUUUAACUGUUGCGAAUGUAUAUAUUUUGUGGUAAAAAUUUAUUUUAAGGUUUGUUGCUCUCAAUUUAUUUAUUUAAAUUACACUAAUUUUUAAAAUUGAACUUCUUUUUUUUUUUUUGUCCAUUUUCACAGCAGAAAGAAAAGUAUCUAUACAGUGUAUAUUAUAUUAUAUUAUAUAUUAUAACUUUAUUUUCUUUUUGUUAAUUAUUCUGCUUGUUAAAGCAUUUUCAUCGAAAUAGUACAUUUUUACUAAAAUGUUUAAGAUUACAGAAAUACAAAUGAAUUAUUACUUAAUUAUAAAUUUAACUGUAUUUUUUAAAAGAUUUUUCAUGGCACCAAAUCAGUUAUGAAUAAACUUGUAUAUGUAUUGUUUGAUGGCUCAUUAGUGAGCACCAGGAUCUGUGGUUUACACUCAUUUAUUGGGAUUCAGACAUGGUCUCAUUCGUGGUUCAGCUGGGGCCUUCCCAAAGUGAUUUGUUUAUUUUUACAUUCCUGAUUUAUUCUGGCAGCUAUAACCGCAACCAUUUUUUUCAUUGCACAAGUUGGCUGCUGUCUUCCAACUCUGGUGGUUGGGGUUUCCCACUCAGUAUCACUCAGCAUUUACAUCUUCCCCAAAAAUUGUUUGCAUUUAAACAGAUCCUUAAUUUUAAUAAAAGAAUUGAUGAUAUUGAAGCUAUGUCUGUGCUCUGUUUCUUGUCGUACUUCUAUUUGUCCUGUUCGCUGAAGAAGGCUCUAAGUCGAAACGUCCACAUCUUGCUGUCCUGUCUUUUGAUUCAAGCUUCAACAUACCUUGCUCUACUAUUUCGUUGAAGUCAUGUGACAGUGUGGUAUUAAAGUUAUUUUAGCAUUACCUUGCUUUUAACAAUUAAUACAUUAUAACUUUAUCUUUUUUUUUUUUCUUUUAAAUUAUUAAUACCGGUACUGAAUUAUUUGAUUUCUACACGACAGAGACUGAGGCUGAGACUGAGUCUGAGACUGAGACAGAGAGAGCCUCAUUGCAUAUUGUGAUCUGGGAACACUAUAUUUUACAAUUUCAAAUUAUUUAUUUCUUGUUUUUUACUGUCUGCUGAAGAAGGCAUUUAGCCAAAACAUCCUUUUAAG